GGGACCAAAAUUGAGGUCCUCAGGGGCAAACAAGCUUAUAAAUUGUACAGAACAAUAUUUUUUACAAAUCUAAAAAUGCAAAAAGUGUUCUAUGAUCUUUAGGUUUAGGGAUAGGGUUAGGGAUAGGGGAUAGAAUAUACAGUUUGUACAGUAUAAAAAACAUUACGCCUAUGGACUGUCCCCAGGGGGAUAGUCAACCAAAGCCGUGCGUGUGUGUGUGUGUGUGUAUGUUCACUUUAUAACUGUGUGAGUAUUGUGGCUGUGUGUAUAUUAUCAGUACUUUGAGAUUGAAGGUGCUGGGGAUUUUAGACUCUCUGGUGGAGUUUCCUGUCCAGCAGGAAGUGUGUUUCCUGAGUAGUCCUGCUGGCUCCAGGGGGAUGAGAAGAGAUUGGGCCUGUCCUACAGAGAGACACACAAGCUAGCAUCAGGCUGCUCAAUAUGGACUAUGAGCCCAAGCGAGUCAAGAAGGGCUUUGUGUCACCAAUAAAGCGCGUGUUCUCUAAAUCCAGCCGGCGACAGACAGACAAAAUCAGUUUGUAUCGUAGACCUCUGCACACUGUCCCUCUCUACCCACCUGACUACCUCAUCCAUCCAGAGAGACUCAUCUACGACUAUGUGGAGAAGGAAGUCAAGUUCCUGGGACACCUGACAUGGGUGUCAUGUUCUUUAAACCCAUCUAGCAGAGAUGAGCUGCUGCAGCUUCUGGACACAGCCAGGAAGCUGAGAGUUUUGCCUAUGAAGACCAGUGUAGAGCAGGACUGCAUUCUCAGUCUGUCUGCCCGCUGCCUGCUGCUCACCUGGAGGGACAAUGAAAAACUGCUGCUGAGAAUCCCCACACAUGAGAUCGCUGCUGCCUCUUACCUGCGGGACGAUGCACUGCACCUCGUCGUGCUCAAAACUGGUCUUAAUGUGGACACUGUGCUAGCAGGUGACAGCCUAGAAAAUAGACCUACCGGUCUUGAGAGCCGCAGACAAACCAUAAGCAAUACUGAUCCCAGACCUGCAGGAGGCACUAUGGAGCGCCGGCACACCAUCUGUGGUGUGGACUGGAAGCUAUCCUCUCGCCAUGAGCCCAAACAGGGCAGUGUGGGAGGAGGAGGUGGAACUGGAGGAAGCAGUGGGGACAGUGGCAGCCUGGAGAGGAAACGUGUGAGCGGGAGCUGGGAGCGCAGGCAGACCCGGAAGCCUUGUGGAGGGAGCUGGGAGAAACGGCCGAUGAGUGGGAGCUGGGACAGGCGGCCUGUAGGCGGAAGCUGGGAGCGGCGUGGAGGUGGAGUGGUUGUAGUAGGAAGCUGGGAGAAGAGGCAUGGGCCCGGAGCUAAACCGGGUGGCAGCUGGGAGAGGAAACACACACCGGGCGGAAGCUGGGAACGCAGGCAGGCUUGCACAGGGAGCUGGGAGAGGGGGAGGUCAUACGGGAGCUGGGAGAGGAGGAACCAUAACCCAUUAGAACCCAUGCCAUGCCCAGAUGCUUAUUGCAACCUGAUUAUACUGGCUGUGGAGAACAGGGACGCUGCAGAGGAAUACUGCGCCCUCAUUUGUCAAAUGUUUCAGAUCAUCUAUGGACAUCAGACCAUCGAGUGCGUCGACAGGGCGGGAUACCAUUACACCAUGCCUGACCGCUAUUGGCUGCAACGGAGUGACAGCUGUCUCACUGAUAUGACAUAUGGCUAUGACACAGACUUCAGCUGCUGUAGUUCAUAUGAUGAUUCUCAGGAGGCAUUUGAGGCGUAUUACAGUGAGAACUACAGUGAGAACUCAUCCCUCUCCUGUCAUGACUCUCAUCGAAGCCUGGCCUCCACACACAGCGACUCGGAGCCGUCUAAUGCCAGCCUGCAGGAAUACAUGAUCAUAUUGAGGAGUAAGCUGACGCCUCAGGAGAUUCAGCAGUUUGCUCUGUUCCUGAGAGAAUACAGACUGGGCGCUUCCAUAGAGCAGUUCUGCACUGACCUGCUGGAGCUCUAUGGAGACUCACGCAAGUUUCUACUGCUCGGCAUGAGACCCUUUAUUCCCGAUAAGGAUGUGGGAGUCUUUGAGACUUUCCUGGAGGACAUUGGGAUCCGAGAGGGCGGGAUCUUGACGGAUAGUUUUGGGCGAAUCAAGCGGAGCAUGAGCAGCACAUCUGCCACAGCGGUCCGAGGCUAUGAUGGCUGGUCUCACGACUUCAAUCGCAGAAUCGAUGACAUCACACACGACAUUGAGGCCUUGGGCUUCGAGGAAGGAAAUGGUGACAUAGAAGAAGAGGACUAUUACCUUUGAAAUAGCCCCAAAUUGAUCUCUCCUGUUUUUAUAGUUUUAAUGUAAAACUACUGUAUACCUGAUGCACUGGAGAACAUCUGAAAACCGGUUUUAUCUCUCAAAUGUUCUUCUAACUUUGGUGUAAUAUACUACUGUAUCUCUAUUAUGUCUUUUUAUAAAAGUUAAACAUUUAUACCUGCA